UUAAGAGUCUCAGCACCCACCGCGCGCUUUCUAUGUGGAAACUUUCAAAAAAAGGAUUCUUUAUAAACUCAUCACCUUCAUGUCGGCACUGCUGAAUAUUUCCUCACCGAUGCUAUGGUUACCUUUAUUACGAUCUUACAGGUGAAUCUAGUGAUGUCCAUCUUGCUGUACGUGAUGUUCCUCGCGUACCUCUAUGGUAUCUCAGCCUCUUCGAUGGACAAGCAGCAGCCGACACAAGAUCCCAUCAAUGCGCUGAUCAUAAAGCUUCUACAGGCCGACAUCAGUCGCAGCCGACAGAAACAGGAUGAGGGAACCCUGGAUGCACGUCCAUCCACCACUUUGAACACACCUGCAGUGACCAACUACAAGGAGAAACUUAUCUCACCCACUUAUGAGCCAGUGACGGACAUCUCCUCGGAACUGCUACGUCAACAGAAACGUUACAGCUCGCCGCGUGUGCUACUAAGCGACCGACCACCUCUGCAACCCCCGCCGCUCUACCUCAUGGACGACUUUGUAAGCAGCCAGGAUGCUAAUGGCAGCAACAAAACGCGACAGAAACGCUACGCUGAGCACAAGAGCUACAGAGCAGAGUAUUCGGUGUGCGACAGCAUGAGUGAAUGGGUGAAUCGGAGCACGGCUGUGGAUAUUAAAGGACAGCAGGUCACCAUUUUAGAGAGCAUCAAUGCGGGACGCACAAACCUCAAACAGUACUUUUACGAGACAAAAUGUCGGACGGGCAAGCCCUUUAAGGGCGGCUGCCGCGGUAUUGAUGAAAAGCACUGGAACUCACAGUGCAAAACCACGCAGACUCAUGUGCGUGCCCUCACUCAGUAUAAAUCGUGGGUGGGUUGGCGCUGGAUACGGAUAGACACAUCGUGCGUGUGCGCGCUAUCGCGUAAACACCGCAGGACGUAAAAAAUGCGCAAACCGACAUAUUGCGCAACAACUUCACUGUCUUUCUAUUUUUCCCUGGUGGGGAGGGGGGGGGCUAUAAAUAUAUAAAUUAUUAUUUAAGUUAUGUGGAAUGCAUAUAGUUUAUACAUGUCUGUGUAUAAUGUAUAACAUGCUUGUUAUUUAUUUUAGUCGUCUGCAAAGGAAAAUCUUAAAAAAAAGAAAGAGACUUCUCAUGCAAUGCCACUAAGCUACAGGAGCAUUACAUGGUGAAUCUAUGUGCCUUGCUCAAGUAUCAGAGUCAUACAACAUUGGGAACAGUUGCAAUGAAAAAGUCAAUAUCAUAUUAACUUCAGUAUUGUUCAAGAAAACCAGUUUUUCUACAGAUACAGGCUGCCAGUAUAUAGUAUCCUCUUCAUGUCCGGGGAAACCAAUUACAGUCGAGAUAUUGUCAUAUUUUUUAUGCAAAAUAAUAUGUAAACAUACAGUAUGUGUAUAUGAAAACUGCAUGAAAUACCUAAGAAAUAUAUAUUUUUCUAUCACUCAUAUUUUACACUGUGAUGUUAGUGGUUCGUACAGAACACAAAGACUGAUGGAUAAAUCAGUGAAUUAUCACUAGCAACACAAACCACUUUGCAUCACUGGAAUAUUUGUCACAAGUCACAAUCCCAGCAAGAUAAUGAGCUCAGCACCAAAACAAAAAAACAGACCAAAAAGUGAUAUAUAAGAUUUUCGUGAGAGUCUGUGAGUCUGGACCGUAUUUGUUUCUAGUUUUGAUGGUGGACUAAGAGAUGGCCUUUUGAAGUAAUGUAUUUAACAGGAUAGUUCACCCAAAAAGUUGAAUUCUGCCACUCACCUCAUUAUUCUAAACCUUUAUGACGUCUUUUAUUUUAACAUGAGGGUGAGUAAAUGAGAGUUUUCAUUUUUGGUCGAACUAUCCAUUUAAACUAGUGCAGUGUUGGUGAGAUCAUUCACAACAAUACACCAAUCAUAAGCUGUUUUAACAGCUCAGAGCAUGUCCAUUAUAGAAAUGUUAUCGCCUUUACCAAGUAUGGCACUCGCUGACAUAGCAUAGCAGCAAAGACGUGAAUUAGUGCGAUUACAGCCCAGCAAUGCAGAGUAGGGUAAAGUGGAGACAAAGCAUCCCUCAUUGUCUCUAGUUCACCAUUGUGCUGCCUAUUACUCUUAAAGAAAGCUCCUAAACAGAUGGAGGAAAGUCUCCUCCUACAAGCCGCACCUUCUAAAGCUCCGCCCAUCCUACCAGAGACCAAUCUGUCCACCACCAGCUUCAAGAUAGUCAGACCCACCUAUUUUCAAUUGUACACCACAAACAACUGUAAAUUUGGUGUGAAAAGAAAAGUGUAAACCAACCCAAGGAUGAAUAAGAGUUGCAAGUAAACAAAAGGACAGCAAAAUGGGCCAUUGCUAAUGACACUGUAGACUUACACAGAGGUAAAGCUGCCUUAAGAUGAUGUACAUACGUGCAGAGCUGGGAUUUGAACAUGUAAUCUCCCCCUUAAGAGGGUUUCCCUCUUGUCAGACUCAUCUUAGAAGAUCAGCAUUUCGCCGGUGCACUAUAAAAAUCUUUUCUCACUAUAAGUUUAUAUAAGGAGACCCACUCAAACAUUAGCAUGCUAGCAAGUUAUGAGACAAGGGAUUUCUGUGCAUAAGAUUUAAAUUCCUGGAAGGUUAUAUCUGGAGUAAACUUUUAUUCAAAAUGUGUGUCUGUUAAACCAGGGAAUCAAUUUUAGAUAUGUAAGAGUAUAUAAGGUUUUUUUGUUUUGUACAGGUGCACAGUGGAUAUUAUAUACCCAAGAAAACAUGUUUGUGAGAGGCGUAGAGAAAAAGAGUUUGCGGUCAUAAGAAGAGCAAUUUAAAAGGCCAGGCAUCUGGUAUCGGUCACAACUCGACGUUUAUUCAAGCUUAUCUUUGUGCUGCAUUACCCAGGUCACUUCCGAUUGGACAAACUGUCCGAGUCUCUCCAAAGAGUGUCACGUAAAACCUAAAGCGUAAAUGGUGUUAUUUUAGGUCACUUUCAGAUCAUAUUUAUUUAUUAGCAGGAUAUGCAAGAAUUAAGUCAGUGUGCUGUCAUACAAGGUCAAAAUGCAGUAACUAUGGUAACUAUGAACUGAGAAAAAUGGCUUCACAUUUAGCCAGUUGGCUUUACUGCUGUUUUAACACUCUCUGAGCAUAGUUGAGCCAAACGCAACUUGGUCUCAUAGAAUCGUGUUACUAUACCUACAUUUUUAAAAAAAUAUUGUAUGUGUCUUGUACGUAUAGCGGUGAAAUAAAUACUAGAGGUGCUACGACAACAAUGAAGUUUAUUCCCUUUAACACAUCACAAGUAAAAUGGCAGAUUAUCAGGUCAUAAACACUUUUCUCCCUGUUCCUCAAACUAUGCUGUCUUCUGACAUCUAAACACUUUUACUAUAUUGUAUGACUUGUAAGGCCAUUUUGGCAUUUGCAUUACAUGACCAACAACAUUUAAAAGCUUGUUUAAGUGUGUUCAAAUUGCACAGUAGCUCAACCGACCGGGGUACAAGUCCUGAAGAGCACACGAGUCAACACGUGAGCCGAAAGUGUCAUAGUAGCACCAAAUAUUAUAUGGUUGCUUCAGCAAUUGGAUUUGUCAUCUCACAUUUGCUUUUUAUGACACUAUUGGUUAGGUUUAGGUUUAAAGGAGCAAUGUGUAAUAUAUUUACUGUACUAAAGCAUUAAAUUAUAAUAAUAUGUUAUCAGAGAUUUAGGAAACAUGCUAUGUUGAAAUACUGACUUCUCCUUCACAUGAGACAUAAUGGUGCAUUUGAAAGUAAAAGUUGUGUUGGACUAACAUAAGGCACUAACUAAUGGACAUCUGAUUGUUUUAAAAACUGUGAUUGACAGAUUUAGUCAGAGACCAAAUAUUGGGUUUGAUUUAUAACAGAACCACAGACCAUCAAGGACACAAACACACCUACAUUUGGAUUCAAUAUUCCGGCUGCUUCUUGCUUCUUUAAUUUAGCCCUCCAUGGAGACAUUGUAGACACACUCGGAUAAAACACAGGAACUCAAUAUAUCCCACAUCUCCCAAUUGGAUUCUGCUGGGACUGUCCCACGCAGUUUUCCAAAUGCAUUGCCUUUUCUGUAAAACAGAUUUUUACACUGGAUUGUGGAAACAGAGAAACCCUAAAUGAUUUUGACAUGGCUCAUUCCUGUAUGAUGUUCACUGGAACAUUCCCAUGUAUGUUAUGCUGUCUGGUGAUGUAUUUAUGACCUGCUGGUGUCAUGCAUACUGUGUAGGAGUCUUGCUGCUUUAAACCACUGCAACCAAACCUUAUGAUGGACCAAUGGCCAUUUCUGAAACCCAAGGACAUGUUCUCUGUUUAUGCUGAAAACAGUGCCAAAAACACAUCAACUUAUAUUUAAGGACUAAACACUUCUUAACAUCUAGACAUGAAAAAUUCCUCUUCGGUAUGUUAAACUAUGAGAAAAGACAAAUCAUUACUUUAGUAAAAAAGAUUGUUUGAUGGUCAAUGUUUAGUGAAGUAGUUUACUUUGGCUGUACCCAUAACCCAUUGUUUGUAUUUGUUUGUUUUUGAGAGUGGGAGCGAAUUACCUAUUCCAUAUUGGUAAUGUCUAUUCAUUUUUCUGUUUUCUCAUGCUGAUACUUGAAGGAGUGCUGUUUAUCUGACCAACAACAUCUUUCUCUUUCUCUGCAAGGGCCUUGCAGUCUGUGUGAGAUUUGUCUGA